GAAUUUUACCUGCACCCAAAUAGGUAAACAAACAUUUUGUGCGCGUGAGCCAUAAACAGUGUCAAUACCGAGUCCACUGUAAGUGAUAAUUCAGGAUAAUUAGUUCAGUAAGUAAACUUUAGAUAAUAUAAUACCAUUAAAGUUUACUGACAGUAUAUUAGAAAAGAUUACCCUUGUCAAAAAUGUCACUGGUAUCAUUAAAUUUUGCUGAUGAAUUAUUUCGAUGUAUGACUUCAAGAGAUGAGCCAGCAUCUACUAAACUUGAUCUAGUGAAUCAACUUAAGACUCAUGUUAAGAAAGAAGUUGUAGAUUUAAAUCAAGUACCUAAAUAUAUUGAAGCAUUAUCUAUUGCAGCAGAUAUACCAGAUUUAGGAAUUCUGUCUCAUAGUUUUAGUGCAUUAUCCCAUUUAAUUAAACGAGUUAGUAUGCAAGAUAAAUCAGGUACAAGUUUAAAAAGUCAAAGUUUUCUUGUAUUACCAAUAAUUAUAAAUCGAUUAGGUGAUUCAAGAUCAAGUACAGUUGCAUCUGCUAGAAAGGCUCUUGAAGCGUAUUGGUUAUCUGCCCCAAUUGAAGUAGAUACAUCAAUUAAAGAUGUAGCAUUUAAACAUCGAAAUACAAGAAUUUUAAUUGAAUCAAUAAAUUGGUUACAUCAUAUAAUUUUAAAUUUAAAUCCUCAUUUUAAACUUGAUAAAUUUAUUCCUCAUAUAACUAAAAUCUUAGCAACAAAUAAUUCAAUAGAUGUUAUUCAUAGUAUUAAAGAAUUAUUAGUUGAUUAUUAUAAUAUGAGACAUAAUAAAUUAUAUAAAUUUGAUUUAGCUCGAGAAUUAGAAAUUCUGAAUGUACCUCAAAAUGUUAAAGAUUCAAUUAUGGAUGAUAUAAUUGGAGAUUCUAUAAGUAGAAUUUCAGAAGAUACAAAUGUUCCUCAACUUUCUCAUACAAGAUCACCUACUCCUGUAAUGGUUAAUGAUACUGAUUUCAAUGGUUCUCAUCAAUCGGAAGAAUCUCAAGAUUCUGAUUUAGAUCCAAAGUUAAAUCAAUUAUUAAGUAAAGUUAAUUAUCAAGUAGAUACAUCCAUUAAACCAAUAAAUUAUGAUAAUCAAGAAUCAUUUUUUUCAAUAAUUCAUGAAAUGAAUCCAAUAUUUGCUAGUAAAGAAACUGAAUUUAAUUGGUCUAAUCGAGAGAAAUAUAUAAUUAAAUUACGAUCAAUUAUUCGAGGUAAUAAUGGAUCUAUUGAAAAUAUAAUCUUAUGUUUAAAAGAUUGUUCUGAAGGGAUUUGUAAAGCUAUUAAUUCUUUAAGAACAACAUUAAGUGCUCAUGGAUGUCAAUUAAUUAAAGAAGCAGCUAUAAUAUUAGAAAAUAAUUUUGAUUCAUUAAUUGAAUUAUAUUUACCAAGUCUUAUAAGACUUAGUUCAAGUACAAAACAUAUAGCAUCAAUGAAUGCAAAUAUGGCAAUAUGUGCAAUAUUUACUAAUGCAACUUAUACUUCAAGAUUAUUACAAAGAAUUUAUACUAGUUCAAUUGAUAAAAAUUUUCAACCUCGUUCAUAUGCUAGUAUUUGGUUACAAAUUAUAAUUAUAAGAUUUUUUAAUAAUAAUUCAUUUAUAACUGGAUUAGAUACUUGUAAUAAAAUUCUUAAUAAACUUUUAACUGAUCCUAAUCCAAAUGUUAGACUGUCAGCUAAAGAAUUAUUUUGGUGUUAUUGGGAUAAAUUUCCUGAAGAAGCUGAAGGUUUAUUACAUAAAUUUGAACCAAAUAUAGUUAAAGCUAUUGAAAGAUCUAAACCUAAACCAUCUAUAAUUAUUAAUACUCCUAGUAUUAAUAUAAAGAGAUCAAGACCUUCAUUAAAGGAAUCUAUUAUUGAAAGAAAUAAAGAACUUAAAUUAAAGCAAAAGCAAAUAUCUCGUCCAUCUUCAAGAGCUAAUUCUGGAGGUACUGAACCUCGAAGAAUUGAAGUUAAUCGAAUUAAAUCUAAUUCAAUGCCUUCUAAACCUUUACCUAUAGUGAAUCAUGUGGUAAAUCCAAUUUCAAAUCCAAUUUCAAAUCCAAUUUCAAAUCCAAUUCCACCAUCUCCACCAUCUCCAGUAAUUGUUAAACCUAUAAUUCCAUCAAUAUUACCUAUAUUAGAUUCUAAUGAAUCUAUUAUUAUUCCUACCAAUAAUAUAAAUUCAUUUGAUAAACAAAGUGAUCCUAUUCUAAAAUUCUUAUCAUCUAAUCAAUUAGAUCUUAUAAGUGAAGGUAUAAAUUUAUUAAAGUAUGCAAUUAUGGGAGAAGAAGAUCUUUCAACUGAAGUUAAUCAAUUAUUACAAAAAAUUUCAUUACGUCAACCUAAAUUAUUACAACCACUUAUACUUUCAAAUGAUGAUUUAUUUAAAAAAGUAUUUCAAUUCUUUAGUUGUGAAGAUUUCUUAAGAAUUUGUGGAUUAAUUAUUAAUAAAGUUGAUGAUAAAUUAGUUAAUUUAAUUCUUGGAAUUAUUGAUAUUGAUCCAAUUUAUGAAUCAAUUAUAAAAUUAUUAUCUUAUAUUAUUAGUACUACUAAUAUUUUAGGAGAUGAUGAACUUAUGAUGCAAAUUAUUCAAUAUAAAUCUCAAUUAACUAAAUUUUUACUUGAAUUUUUAUUUAAAGCUCUUGAUAAAAUUCCUAUAAGUGAUAGUUAUUAUCUGAAACUUACAACUAAUUUACUUGAUUUAAUAAUUAUAUUAAAAUCUACUGAAUCUUAUGAAUUAUUUUCAAAUUUAUUAAUUAAAGUUCAUACAAUUAAUCCAGUAUUAUUUAAUUCAGAAUUAGAUCUUUUUAAUACUGAUACUAAUAUUAAAGAUGAAGUUGAAUAUAUUAUUGGAAUUGAUAAUUUAAAACCAUUUAUUAGAGAAAUUCCUGAUUCAGUAUUUGAAUUAACUGAAGUUGCCCCAAAGAGUAAUCUUGAUAAAUUCUCACCCGUCAAAGUUUCUAGUGAUUUUACUAUGAUAUGGCCUAUUAAGAAAGCUAAUGAUGAAUAUACUCAUAAUGUGAAUGAAAAUGAAAAUGAAAAUGAAAAUGAAAAUGAAAAUGAAAAUGAAAAUGAAAAUGAAAAUGAAAAUGAAAAUGAAAAUGAAAAUGAAAAUGAAAAUGAAAAUGAAAAUGAAAAUGAAAAUGUUUUCAUGGUUACAAAAGUAGAAGGUGAUCAACUAGCCAAUGAUUUGGCUCAAGUUCGACUUGAAACUAAAGAUCCAAUUCAAUCCUUUAUUGAUAAAGUUGAUCCACUUCGAAAUAUAUCUACUAAGAAUAAACAAAUAGAUAUAUAUGAAGAUUUUAAAGGUUCACCUCAAAAGGUUCGAGAUUAUGAUUAUUCUGAAUUGAAUUGGUUUAAUUUACAAUUAUCAAAGAUUGAUAUUGAAAAACAACAACUUGAAGAACCUCAUGAUUUUGAACUGUUAUGUCAAAGUUUAAAGACUAGAACUAUUAGUAGAAGAGGUAUAUCUCAUGCCUUAGAUUAUUUACAAAUUCAAAAUCCUCAACAAGAAGAAGAUAUAAGAGAUUCAUUAAUUGAAUUCUUUACAGAAAUUGAAUUACUUUCAUUAACUGAUAUUUCUAAUGGAUUAAUUCUUUUACAUCAAUUAUUAAUUUAUCGAAUUAAAAUUGAUAUUAAUUGUUUAUGGAAAAUAUUAAUUAAUCUUUGUAAUGCAGAUACUUCAUUAGAAAUUUUAGGAGAAAUCUUUGAUGAAUGUUUAACCGGGAUAUAUCAUAGUCAAGAAAUAAUUGAAAUAAUUCUUCAAUCAUUAAUUUAUACAUCACCAUGUAAAUCACUUAUAUUUUCAUUAGAAUGUUUAAGUAAAUUAUUAGAAUGUGAAUCAAUUACUAUAAUACUUUCUAAUGAAUUUAUAUCAAAUAUUGAUGAUAAGAUAAGACAUUAUAUUAGUAAUCGAGAUGUAGAUGUUAGAAGAUAUGUUAUAUUAUGUUAUGGAAGAAUGUUGAAAGCUAGUAAGAUUAUUAGUAUUAAUAAUGUAAAUGUUGAGACAGGAGAUGACAAGAAUUGUAUGGAGAUUGUGUUACUGCAAUUGUCUAUAACUCAGAAGAAGUUAGUAGAGUAUUAUAGUGAAUUAUAGUGAAUUAUAGUGAAUUAUAGUGAAUAAUGAAUUAUAAU